AUGAAGUCUUCAAGCUCCUCUACACCAGCAGGCAGCUCAAAGAGUAGAAAUGUCACAUCAAUACAUCUCAAUCUAUGUGGUCUGAUGGCUAGCAAUCUUUUAGCCACCUAUGAGGCUGAGGCACAGAAAUUCUAUGCAGAAGCACUAGCUGCUGCAAAUAUGCUUGAUCAGAUUGAAGAAGAUCUAGAUGUCAUGAAGACAAAAAAUCUAUCAAAGACACUGAUUCUUGAAGUCACUGUGAAGACACUAGUUAAGAAUUGA